CUUCAGUGUUUUAAUGAGAGUAUGGCCUUUAUUACGGGUAUCACUACACGGUGAAAAUCGAGUGAAGUGAAUGUAGGUCUUGGUCACGAAAGUCGCUUCAGAGAAAAAAGUAAUAACUUAGAUGAGCUUGUUGUUAUGACGAACGUCAAAUCACCAAAAUUUUUUUGGAAAAAAUGAUUUUUUUACUACAGAGAUUACUUCAUUGAGCGUGAUACUGGUAAUACGGAAAAUCAAGUGAAGUGACAUAAACGAAAAAAUUCUGCGAGCAGCUCAAAUUGGAAGAACGACGGGUUUUACAAGAAGCAAGGGAAACACAAAAGUUGUGUCGCAAGCUAGACGAGCUCAAGAUCGGAGUUCAGGAUAUUAUCGAUCAGAACAUCGCACACACGCUUACCGCAAUCCAAGACCAGAGUCUCCUGCAUUAUCAGAAAGAGGCUCAACGUGAACAGAAACGCCAAAAGAUCGGUGUAAUGAAAGACCAGUUGCAGAGGUAUCAGGAAAUUAAAGAUCACAUCGAGAAAUCCAAGGGAGAGUUUAUGCUGCGACAAGCCAAAGCAGAGCUGGAAGCAGAACGCAGCAAGUAUGAAAAGUCUCGUGCCGAAAUAAACGCUAUAUGGAAGGUACGGCGAGUUCGGGAACAGCGGGAGUGGAAGGAAAUUACGACGAUGUUUGUACAGAUUGCCGAACUGCAUGUAGCCAUUAGGGCACGCGAAAAAGAAAAUGCUACCAUCACCGAGAACAACGACCUGAUGAAAGCCAAAAUAGUCCGUCUCAAAGAGGAGAUCGAGCAAAAACGCAUACAAGACGAAGAAGAAAUGAAACGCCGCGAAGCUGAGAUGCAAGAACGUAUCAUGAGGCCCAUGAAGAUUGUACACGCAGAGAUUCCGCCUAGUUCGUUCAAAAAUCCAAACGAUUUUCCGGCACUCGCAGAGAAGAUCGAAAUCACACGACGGUCAUAUGAAAAUAUCUUCAAACGUCCGGAAUACGUCGAAUUGCGAAAACACAAAAGAAAGAACAAAUCGAGAGCUGUGACGCAGUUGAACUUUCCAUCGAAACUGGCGCCGCCGAAUCCAAUUAACAAGUUUUCUGUGUCAGAGAAAACCCACAAUAGUCAACCAACUCAGGUUGCGAAAGACUGUGGUCAGGAAGAAGUAAGCACAAAGAAGGAGAAAUCUUCUGCCAUCAUUAAACCCAUUUCAACUCCAACUGCGAAACAAGUGCAGUUUGUCACAGAGAUGCCUGAACACAGUUCAAAAUCAUUACAUUCCGCUAAGCGUAAAACAGCAGAUCAUAAUUCAAGCAGCAAAGCAACACUUCCAACUUGUCAUGUGCAAAGUUCGAAACGCUUCAAAUCGUCGAUGUCUCAGCCGGAAUCUAUCAAUUUUGGAAAUAUCCGAACGCAAGAUGAGCAACGAUCAGCUAACAAACGUAGGACAUCACGUGAAACGCGACAUACUCCGGAUCAGAUGCCUUCUACUACGAAAAACCAGAAGACUAAAUUCAAACAUACCUUGCUUGACGAUAAAGAGCCUGAUGUUCUGAAUUCACAGAUCGCCUCCAAAGAAGAGAAUUCUGUGACCAGUCAGCACCAAUCAAACUCUCAAAAAAUGCCUCUUCAAGAAACUGUUAUCGCAUCGUGUUCGGGGCGUCAACCCGAACAACAGGAAAAGAAUCAGCCAUCGAAUCCGCAGAGUGUCCCGUCCGAUACGGGCCAUGAAGCCAAGGAAAUUAAUUCCCCAACCUUGCUCCAGCAAGCAGAUCCAGCAUCUUUCGAUGCUGUCAGUUUGACGAGUAGCACAUCUUCCUUUGAUUUGGAAAAUGGUGAAACUAACAGUGACUUUGAUUUUACACUUUCUCCAACCUGCGAUGCAUCAACGCGCGAUCCGAAUAAUGGUCAAGCUAGCGAUCUAGACUUCGACUUUUUGAAUUCCCCACCGCAACAACAACAAAAUUCCCUGAAAACAUCGCAAAGGAAACAGUCGGAAGAGUUUGAUUUCCUUAGUUGUGAUGACAGCGGUACUGGAUUUGACUUUUUCUAAUCAGAAGAAUCUGAGGCUGUGUGAAUCUUUGCAGGCUAUGUCAUGCAUAGUUUGUUGAAAGAAAAGAAAUGAAUUUCCCAGUAUUUUCCAGUGCAUUAAUGAAAAACUUGUGCGGAAUAAUUAGUUGUAUAUUUACUGUUGGAAACAGUAAUCCAUUCCGUAAUGUAUGAAUUCCUGUAAACAAAACUUUGUUAAAUUUUAUAUUAUAACAAACAUGAUGUUAUUAAGAUGAUGUAAUCUUAUCAAUUUAUAAAAUAUAUGCAAUUCAACUGAGAUAGUAGGGUAUGGCGUUCAGAUACCCUUCACGGUAAAAGUAAUCGUCACCUAACAAAUUUUUCCGUUAAGCAUUAUCAGAAAUAAUAAUUCAUGCGUGUUGUGACCU